GAGUAUUAAUUUUGACUGCAAUGAUCUCUACUUGAUCAGGCAUGCUCUGCUGUCCAAUAUGGCAACCAGGUGGGGGAUCUGCAGCGCGGGGAAGAUCAGCCACGACUUCACUGUGGCCCUGAAAACUCUUCCUCCUGAAGACCAUCAGGUAGUGGCUGUGGCAGCUCGCAAGUUAGAGGAUGCACAGGAGUUUGCCAAAAAGCACAGCAUCUCUCGGGUGUAUGGAAGCUAUGAGGAACUAGCAAGAGACCCACACAUAGAUGUGAUAUACAUUGGAGUCAUCCACCCCUUCCAUCUGAAAACAUGUCUGCUCUUUACCAAUGCCAAGAAAAAUGUUCUGUGCGAGAAGCCUCUGGCCAUGAACACUAAAGAGGCGGAGGAGAUCCUGGCCUCUGCCAAGAAAAAUGACGUCUUCCUUAUGGAGGCUGUGUGGACCCGAUUCUUCCCUGCCUCGGUGGAGAUCAGACAGCUGCUCGCCCAGGGGGAGCUGGGUGAGGUGAAGAUGGUGAGAGCUGAGUUCUGCGUGCCAGUGUUGCAUGUACCGAGAUCUACGCAGAAGGAGCUGGGUGCAGGAGCAAUUCUGGAUUUAGGCAUCUACUGCCUGCAGUUCAUCUGCAUGGUGUUUAAUGGAGAGAAGCCAGAGUGCAUCCAGGCCAUGGGGGUGUGCCUGGAGACAGAAGUGGAUGAGACUGUGGUUGUCAAUCUGAAGUUCUCCAGGAACAGGAUGGCAGUGUUUACUUGCUCAGCCAGAUUUCAGAUGCCUAAUGAAGCCAUUAUUGUGGGCACAAAAGGCACUAUCAGGGUUCCUGAACACAUGUGGUGCCCUACAUCAUUGAUGGUCAAUGGAAAGGAAACUCAGUACCCAGUGCCAGAGCCAUACCUACCUCUGAACUUCCACAACAGCACAGGGAUGCGUUAUGAAGCAGAGGAGGUUCGACAGUGUUUGCUCAAAGGGCUGAAGGAGAGUACAGUUAUGUCCCAUGCUGACUCUCUGCUGCUGGCUGAGGUGGAGGACGAGCUCCGCAGGCAGGUGGGGGUGACUUACAGGCAGGACUGCCAAUAAAUGAUGAAAUAGAUUGAUUUUCCUGAUUGAAUAGAACUAGUUUGUUAAAUGUUCUAUAUGCUUACCAUGUCUCCUCAAAGUGAGAAACCUUUUGUGGACAAACAAUGUAAUUUUUGGAGACCUUUUAUUUCCUUUAAAUUCUAUUGACAACAAAGUGGUUCCACAGGAUGAAGUGCACACCCAAAACCUUGUUUACUUCAGCCAUUUAUAAAAUAAUACAUUUUGUUUGACAGUUUUUUUUAAGUCUCUCAAUCUUCAUCUGAAUGUCACUUAAAGUUUACUGAGUUUCAGAGUUUACUACAGGACAAACCCAAGGGCUGUAAUUCAUGGUUCUUUAUUUUCAAUAAAGCAAUUCAGAGGCAGAGAUAA